AUGCCUUCCUCGGUGACCUUUUCCGCUUCCGCAGCGACCACGAAGUCUUCUCCCCACUCCAUCUACACCCGCCCUCAGAAGAAGCAGAAGAUGAGCAUCACGCAGACCUACUUCCUCGCCCACAGCGCCCGCGGCAAACUCUCCAAGGAGGCUGCCCGGCCUGACCACGACCUCCGGCUAUUGGUCGGACACGCCAACAUGCUCGAUUCUCUGAUGCUCGACCUGGCAACCGCCGAGCAGGAGCAGGAGCGGUGGUUCAACAACAUCGUGAACGGAUCUUCGCAGGAGGAGCAGGAAGAGAAGAGCAGUCGGCAUGUCGAGACGAUCGUGGAGGAGCCCGAGCACGACUGGGAGGCCGAAGAUGCCACCAGCUCUGACGAAGAGUCCGACGAUGAGGAUGAGCAAAAGCCCAACACCAAAGUCACCGCCAUUGAAAUCGACGACUCGGACAUGUCGGAAGACGAUGACGAUGCCACCAGUGACUUGGCCCUCGUCCGAACAGCCUCGCGACACUCUCCCCCCGGACUCAGCCUCGACACAGAUUCCGACUCGGACGACGAACAACACAUGCCACCCUCACCGCCCACCAUGACCAUCGAGGUGCUGAGCGAGAAGCAACGACAAGCCAUUGCUACCACAUCAUACUACGACGUCAAGGACGCCGCCUCCUCGUUAUCACAGGAAGAGUCGGAAGCCUUUGAGCAAGAAGGCUUCUACCUCCCUUCAAGGCAACAGCCGACCAUAAUCGCUGCCUACUAG